AUGAGCAAGCGCACGGUCGUGGAGUGGUCGCCGCAUGACGCGUCCCUCUUCGCCGUCGGCACCGACAACCUGCGGCUCUUCGAGGUGACCACGAGCUCGGGCGACUACGCCGACGCCGCGCCCGACGCCGCGCCCACCACGCAGCGCAAGCGCGCGUUCCGCGUCGUGCGCAUCAACGCCAAGGUGCAGCAGCUCAAGAGCCUGCAGUGGUACCCAUUUGAGGCCAAGCCGCUGCUGAUCGCCACCGGCACCGGCUCCGGCAAGGUGCUGCUCUGCGACUUUGAGGACCCGCGCGCGCGCGUCAUGCGCGAGUUCCUGCCCAAGUACAGCCGGCCGUGCCACGCCGUGGCCUGGAACCCGUCGGUGCCGCACCAGCUCGCCGCCGGCUUCGAGAAGGUGCGCAGCGACUUCUGCACGCUCGUGUGGGACCUCAAUGCGUCCGGAGCCGCGGCGGGCGGCGGCGCGGGGCUCACGAGCAGCGGCAGCAGCAGCAACAUCGAGGCUCUAGGGGACCAGGACGGCUCCCGCAAGGCCGGCAGCUCCGGCAACGGCAGUGCCGGUGUCGGUGUUGGUGCCGGCAGUGGCUUCUCCGCUGCAGACUCCAAGCCCGUGCAUGAACUGGCCAACUCCGAGGCCACGAUGGCGCUGUCCUGGGUGCCGCUGCAGCCGACGUGUCUAGCUACAGGAACAGGCUUCAAGUGGCUCAGAGUGUACGAUCUGAGAGCCAAAGGCUCGUCACCUAUGAGUGUCGUAGCUCACAAUAAGGUGGUGUUGGGCGUGGUGUUCGACCAGCACCGGCCGCACAUGCUGGCCACGUACAGUGACGCACCGCAGGAGCCGGUCAAGGUGUGGGAUAUCCGACAACUGGAGUCGUCGUCCGGCCCGCUGCUGUCGCUGUACCAGACGAGCAAGAACCUCGCUCAGGUGUCGUGGUGUCCGUCCAAGCCCGGGAUCUUGGUGACGGCGUCCACCGAGGAGAAGUGGGUGUCGCUGUGGGACGUCACCAAGCAGGAGAGCGGCUCCUCGACGCUCAAGAAGCCGUUCCGCCGACGCUACACGUCGGAGCCGCUCACGUCCUUCUCCUGGCAGCACGUGGACUCGCCGUCGAGGAUGCAGAGAGCCAAUAACGUGGGCAAGAGCAGCAACGCGCAGAAGCACCAGCUCACGGCCGCAGCUUUUCCCAAUCGACUGCUGACCGCCUCUGUUACGGGUGAACUGGGGGACAUUUCAGUGCACGACGCUAUGCCGCUGUCUCUGUCGUCUCAUGGAGCGGUGACGUUCGGUUGCGGUCGGUUGUUGUUCGGUGGCUCUGUCAGUGGACCUGGACUGGGGACGUCUGCCGUGACUCGACUCGCGCUGGAGGAGGAGAUCAGCUCGGGCUCUCGCGUGGAAGAGGACAUCUCGAACGAGAUGUACAAGCUGGCCAAGCAGGGCUACUCCAUCGGACUGUCCAAGAAUCUGAAGCUGUUCAACGAGUCGACUCCAAGAGGCCGACAGCUGCGGAAUUUGUGGUUGUGGGUGGAUCAAGUUGAGGCGCUCCGCCGCAUCCGAGCUUCACGCGUGGAGCAAUCACGAUCGGCCAGCAAUGGUCUGGCAAACAACGCUGUCAAUGCGAUGAUGACUGGGCCGCUGCGUGGUUGGCCCGUGGAUCCGAAUACGCUGGUCGUUGCUGGUGUGAAGAACUUGCUGACGGUCUCUGGAGAUCCUCCGGUUGCUGCGAAGACUGGCGCUGCUGGUUCUACCGCCACCGUUCAGGAGGAUUCCAGAGAGGAGGAGCCUGUGGGCAUCAUCUCGGUGAUGAAGACGGACCAAGUGCUUGGAUGCCAGUACUUUGAAGGACCUGGACGACGCUUGGGAUUGCUGGCUUGCAACUGGGACCCUGAUAAUGGCCAAGGAGCGUCCCGCGCGUCAUCAGCCGGCGUGGGUGGACCAGGUCUGGACAGCGCAUCGGGGAGAAACAUGCACCGGAGCAACUCGAGCAUCUGGAACCCGCAGAAGCAGUACGAUGACAACGCUCACUUCGCAAACCGCUCGUGGAAUGAGAACGGUCGAUACGAGUUGCAGAACAUUUUGAACCGAUGCGAGUUAGAAGGGAAUUACGCCCGGGCGGCGGCUCUCGCUGUUUUCCACGGUGACUUGAACGCGGCGGUGGCACUGCUUCAGAAGGGAGCUACGUGGCUCACUCAGAUGCAGCACCUGAACGUUGGCGUUGCGUCGCCGUAUUCACCAGACUUGCUACAGCUCAUCGCAAUGUCUGUUGCUGGUUAUUCGUCUUCCAUCGCCAGUGCUGGAGGGCUGUCUCUGUGGUCGAACAUGACGCAGCAGUUGUUGAAGCGGAGCGAGAUCAUGUCACAAGCAAAUCCGCGCUACUUCCACGCGAUGCUGUCCUUCCUGUGCGCCGCGAGUUCCAACUCGUCGUCGAACUCGUCCAACUUGAACGCAAUGCGCGCCAGCCAACAGCCAGCCCGACGUCCAACUAGCAGAAGAAACUGGGGCAGCGUCGACGGUCUGGCUGCGUUUGGAGGAGCUAAACCUGCGAGUGCUGGAGUCUACUCUGCAAUUCUCAACGAUAUCACGCUGCCGCUAAGCGACCGGCUUGCGUUCGCCUGUCGGUACCUCCAAGCUGAGGAUUUGCUCGCGUUUGUCGCCCUGCACGAAGAGGAGAGCGAGCAGUUUGGUCGUCUUGAGGGUUUGAUCGUGACUGGAAUCAACGCCGACGGUAUUCGGCUGCUUCAGACGUAUCUGGAUAUGACGGGCGACAUCCAGACGCUGGCGCUGCUAGCUGCGCGGCUUCCAUCGUCU